AUGUGCAACACAGACGGAUCGACCACAGAUGCCACAUCUUCACCCAGAGCUAACAAGAUCUGGGUCCCAGGCACCGAUACUCUGCUUCCUCUGUACGUGGACUUGCCAGUAAUGGAGUCACUUCCAGUAGAUACCAAGCUUGUUUCGCAAGAUUCUCAGGACCUGUCUCCAUCUCUAGCCGAGGAUCUUUCCGGCGAUGGAGCCAACAGGGAUGCCCCUGAAGACGCCCCUGCUGGCGGGACUGGUGGUCUGAAGGAGGAAGAGACUACCACCAACAAAACGACCGUUUAA